ACCGCCAUUGGCGACCAUGCCACUGGCACACAGUUGCUCAGUGAUUGGGGGAAGGACUUGUUUAUCAUUAUAAACCACGUGAUCCUCAGCACAGGAAUCAGCCUGUUUGGCCUGUGUGGAAACAUCAUCAACGGGACGGUCUUCUUGAAACAAGGUUUGCGUAGGUCCAUGAACUUAAGCUUCUUCGUUCUGUCCCUGACAGACUUCUGCGGCCUGCUGACCCAGGUGUGGCACAACUUCUGCCUGAACCCGUACAUAGAUCGUAUGGGAGUCCCGCUGGAUUUUAUGGAGAUCCAGUUCCUGACUGCCGGUAAUCCAAAUGCCUGCCUCGUCAGGGUGACCUGCUGGAUCACUGUGUACAUCACAGCAGAGAGGUGUUUGUCGAUAGCCAUCCCUUUGAAAAUCAAACAAAUCGUCACGUUCGAGAGAACGGUUCUCAUCCUGGUGUUCGUUUACCUCAUCAAUGUAGGCGCUCUUGUACCCUUGUAUUUCUCUGCGUACUUCAGUUGGAAGGUUUACCCGGGUCUCAACAGGACAUUGCUUGGCGUGUCGUACAGGAGCAACAAACUGAUCAUCCAAGAUUUGCUGUACAUAUUCCAGGCUACACUGGGGCUUGUAGCAUUUGCCGCCGUAAUAAUAUUUACGACCAUUCUAAUCGUUAAUCUCCGUAGGAAGUCGGAAUGGCGGAAGAAGUCGACUUAUGACAAAGAUCAAUCCACACCGAUGACCAGCCGUGAAAAGAAAACUAUUCGAAUGGUCAUUGUGGUAGCCUGCGUCCUGAUCGUCUGCUACACCCCUGCGGCAACCAACUCUAUCGUAUCUUCCAUCGUACAAGACUACACCAUCACGGGGCGACAAUCCAACAUAUUUCAGGCGGUGUGGUCGUUCGGUUUCCUCUUCCAUUCAGUAAACUCUUCAAUCAAUAUUUUUCUCUACUAUAGCAUGAGCUCCAAAUACAAAGCCACGUUUGACGAGAUGUUC